AUGGAGGCGGCCGACUUCUUCCGCGUGAGCGAGUGCAAGGGGCAGAAGACCAUCGAUGGCGAGCAGGUGCCGCUGGUCCUGGCACCCUCCGACGACGGCGCCAAGAGCAGCGGCUGCGAGGCGCUGGUGGAGGCGCUCAAGGCGAACCGGGAGUGGGUGGAGGGCAAGGUGGUGGCCAACAGCGGCGUCCUCCUGCGCGGCUUCGACGUGCGCGACGCCGCCGAGUUCAACGCCGUCGUCGAGGCGCUGGGGUGGCCGGACAUCCGCUACGUCGGCCCGGCGCCGCGCACGCACGUGCACGGCCGCGUCUGGACCGCCAACGAGGGCCCGCUCGAGGAGUUCAUCUACUACCACCACGAGAUGGUCCUGAUCAAGGAGUUCCCCGGGAAGGUAAUCCUGUUCUGCGAGGUGCCGCCGCCGUCGGGCGGCGAGACGCCGUUCGUGCCGAGUUUCCGGGUGACGGAGCGCGCGCUGGAGGAGUUCCCGGAGACGGUGGAGGAGCUGGACGCCAGGGGCCUCCGCUACACCUUCACGGCGCUGAGCAAGAACGACACCAAGUCAAUGCGCGGCCGCGGGUGGGAGGACGCCUUCGCCACCUCCGACAAGGCCGAGGCCGAGCGGCGCGCGCGCGCGCUGGGGAUGGACGUCGAGUGGCUCCCCGGCGGCGGCGUGCGCACGGUCCUGGGCCCGCGGAAGCUCACGCGCGUGUUCCCGGGCCGCAAGGGCCGCCGGAUGUGGUUCAACACCGUGGUGGGGAUGCACGGCAAGGAGCUCAGCUCGGCGACGCUCGCCGAUGGCUCCGAGAUCCCCGCCGACUUCGUGCGCCGCUGCGGCGAGAUCAUCGAGGAGGAGAGCAUCCAGUUCCGGUGGCAGAAGGGAGACAUCCUCAUCCUCGACAACCUCGCCACGCUCCACGGCCGCCGCCCCUCGCUGCCGCCGCGCAGGGUCCUCGUCGCCACCUGCAAGUGAACGCGCGGCCGGCGGCGCAGAUGCUGAGCUCCGCUCCUCGUCGUCCAUGGUGUACACCGCCGCAAUAAGAUUGUACUAGUACUAGAUUGUGUUGAGGAGCAGCGUCGGCAACCGAUCGAUCGGCGUGCUGUAUAGAUGGCACGCCAUGUGUGAUCUCGUCAGGUAUUCUAGGUGUUCUUAAGCAUGCAUGAUGCAGCAAUGACUUGCUAGAUGCAUGUGUGUAUGUGGGUUAACCUCAGUGUUAACACCUGAAUUAAAUAAGAAAUGAAUGAAU